CCUCUUAGGCGGCAGUCGUCGAACAUAUCGCGACUUUGGCCGGUCCACCCGCGUCCGUCCGCGUGAAUUUAACGUAAAACAACAACAACAACAACAAUAACAAUAACGAUGACAAUGACAUCUCUUUAAGUCGGUGUUGGCAGCGUCGUCAGACAGAGUGUGGCGUCUACGCGAUUUAGUAGAAAAAAAUUUUGAGGAUGUCUGUGACGGUAAUAUUACAAUAAUCAUCCGGAAACAACGACUGGUGAGGUCAAGGCGAAUCAUAGGAAAUACAAUUCAUACACGUGACUUUCUCGUGCAGUUGUGAUGUCAACACCGUCGUCGAAAUACGUCUUUGCAGUGUCCCGCGGCGAAUAGGACAGCAGCGUCAUGAUCGAGAAUGACCGCGAAGAGUCGACGGCCACACAGUGGAACGUCACCGGAACUACGGCCACCGUGCAGUGGAACGAGACAACUAUGUCUUGUCACUCCGAGAUCGAAGGUGCGCUGGGCACGGCCCCGUUCCAAACGCUCGUCUACCUGACCUACACGAUCGUGUUCGUCGUGUCGCUGGUCGGCAACGGGCUGGUGUGCCACGUGGUCAUGUUCUCCGCGCAGAUGCACUCGGUCACCAACCUGUUCAUCAUGAACAUGGCCGUCGGCGACCUGCUCAUGACGCUCUUCUGCGUCCCGUUCUCGUUCGUCGCUACGCUGCUGCUGCAGUACUGGCCGUUCGGCAGCGACCUGUGCCACACCGUCAGCUUCGCCCAGGCGGUAGCCGUGCUGGUGAGCGCAUACACGCUGGUGGCAAUUAGCGUCGACAGGUAUAUUGCGAUCAUGUGGCCACUGAAACCAAGGGCCAGCAGACAUCACGCCAAAUAUAUAAUUGCAUUAGUCUGGACUGUGGCCGUGAUUACAGCGUUUCCGAUUCUCCUGGUUUCGACACUGGAACAGCCGUCGUACUGGCAUCAGGAAUGCGGAUUCUAUAUUUGCAACGAGAAAUGGUCAAGCGAGGAAGUCCGACAUUACUAUAAUGUAGCUUUGUUGGUGCUUCAGUAUUGCAUACCAUUCGCUGUUCUACUAUUUACAUAUGUCAACAUCGGGGUGGUGGUGUGGGGCAAAAGGACUCCGGGGGAGGCGCAGAACUCCAGAGACGUUAGGAUGGCCAAGUCGAAGAGAAAAAUGAUAAAAAUGAUGGUUACUGUGGUCAUAGCGUUCACUGUUUGUUGGCUGCCAUAUAAUAUCCUUCUGAUCCUGUGGGACCACGAACCGUCGCUGAGCUCGUGGAGCAGCCUGCCGUACGUCUGGUUCCUGUUCCAUUGGCUGGCCAUGUCGCACACUUGCUACAACCCGCUGAUCUACUGCUGGAUGAACACCCGGUACCGCGCCGGUUUCACCGCUGUCCUGCGCAACGUGCCCGGGUUCGGCCGGUGCUUGGGCGGUUACUUGCGGGCCCAACAGCACCAGUCGCACCACUACAACAGCCACAACGACCCCAGUCAGGCGGACGGCCUGCACCGGAUUAACACGUCGUCGUCGUUCGUGUCGGUUAAGUCACGGCUCAAGUCGUUCAACGGGCGGCCCGCGGCGUACGGCCGGAGCCGCCGGAACUGGCACGAGGAAACGCUCUGAGCGCCACCGGAACCGCUCAUCACGCGACGCCGCGGUCGUCGUCGUUCACGGUGGCCGGACAUCCGGGAAAACGCUUUGUCGCGACGGAAAACCGCACGCUUUUGUCUUCGAUUCCGUCACGGCGCGGCGACGGCGAUCGGCGGACCGAAACCGCACAAUUCGUAAUAUUUAUGCCGGUCCGUUUGGCACACUAGGCGGCACUCGGCAAACAUACCGGUGGGGGAGGGAGUGCAGAAAUUUACCACGGUUACCCCACAACGCGACGAAUUGUUAAUCGUGCUAUACAUUUUUAAAUCACUGUUUUUUUCCUGAACGACUAGGACUUAUGCGUCUGUAUAACUUUUAAAAUAAAUGCUCAUUAAUUCACCGUUUACAAUGAUGAAACCACAGAAAUUAGAGUCCAUCCAAGAUUAAAUUUUAACAUAAAGGUACAUUUGGUUAAUAUUGAAAUUACAAAAAGAAAAUUUAACUUUAUUCAUAGGAAAUUAUUGAAAAUCUUUGUCAAGCAUAACUUACGCAAACACAACCAAAAUAUUUCAUUGACCAAUUUUUUUUCAUCGUUUUCUCAUUCAAACAUUUAAAAAACAAAUUAUAUAUUUCAAAAAUUCAAAACACUGGAGCCGACCAACAAAAUUACAUUUCAAUAAAGCUAGGUAAGUAGGUACACUUGUGAACCAUUCAUUUUUCUUUUAACGCCUUUAAGGGGGCUAAGUAUUGUUCGACCCAUUUGAAUAAUACCAAGAUGAAGGGACCAUCGUACUUCUGGAUUCUAGAUUUCCAUCCAAAGCCGCCUAUCGUACAUAUAUAGUGAAAUUCCGCACACUUUUAGUUGGAUAAAAAUGUAAAAUCAAUCACACUUGUUUAAAUAUGCAAACCGCAUUUUUUUAAUUGAACAUUUUGUUAUGUUGAUAAAAUACUACGAUUGUAAUCGUGUAUCAAAUCAGUGAAGUCAAUUUAAGUCUCAAUUAGUAGCAGAUUAGUUGGUUGUAUUCGAGUGUGUAUAGGUGUAAAAUGAUAACCUACAUAAUGUAAAGUGUUUAAAGCAAAUGUUUUUUCAGUAAUUUUUAAAGUCGUGUGAAUUUUUUUUAAAUUUGGGUACGAUAAUGGCCAAAUUAACAGUAGGCAAUUUAUGUAUAAUUUUUUUUUUUCAAUAAACAUAAGUUAUAAAUACAAUAUUAAUAACAUAUUUUAUAUUUUAAAAAUAUAUCAAUUUUGUGCAAUUAUAAAUUAGUUAUUAAGUAUGUGGUUUUUUGAUACAACAACCUUGAAAAAAAAAAGUGUGCUGUUUUAACCUACUAAAAGUGUGCAGUUUUUGAAUUCAACAGUCGUUACUUGUUAUGAAUUAUGAUCACUAUUUUUAAUGUUAAUGCGAGACGCGUCUUCUCGUCAAAAAUGCAUUUUCAGAGGUUUUUAUUUUUUUUUUUGUAUUAAUCAAAGAGCAUUGAUUAUACGCUAUUUAUAUACGUUAUGUUGUUAUUGUGAAAUAGUUACAUUUUUUCGAAACAAUAAUUGGGGUAGAAGAGUUUAAAAAUUAAACCCUAAGCGUCAUGUUUCUAGUAUAAUCUCUUUAAUGUAUCAUAAUAAAAAUGUAUUUUUGUUAAUUCUUUUAUUUACCUCGACGGUUGUAGCGAUGGGCAAGUCUUAGUCUUGUGUAUGUUUUCUUGAAAACAUGAACAACAAUAAGCAGUUGUUAUUUUAAUUGUUGAAAAUUAGAACUUUUCUGGAGGAUGUGAUAUUUUGGAAAAAAUGUACGAUGUGUGAAGGGAUGAAAAACCACUUCGACCACUGCACAAAUAACAUCAUUGUAAAUUAUUUUUAUUUAUAAAUACCAACACACUUCACCACAUCCAAACCCAUUUUCUUCGAGUAAUUUUUCAAAAACGAAAAUAAACAUAGACAAUGUCUGUGUCUAUACAAUAUAUAUUAUAUUAUAUCCGUGUUUAAGUAAUAUUCAGCUUAUUGCCCGUCAGUUACAUUGCACGUGUAGGACAUAAUGUGCCAUGUCUCGCGAGUAUUAUAUGCUGUGUAAUUUGAUGGAAUAUAUUUACUUUAAAAAUUAAGUAAUAUUUAUUUUGUGUGAAUGAUUCCGUUUAAAUGUAAAU